UUCAGCAGCCGGCGUUUUCUUGUGAGCCCGGUGACAGCAGUUUUAUCUGUAUAUGCGAGCAGCAAUGGGAGGAAUUAAAUGCGGAGACUUGCUCACAUCGCGACCAGCUACAGUUUCAGCCAUCAGCAUUUAUUUAAUCGGGUUUGUGUAGGAUUGUUUAGAACUGUUUAUUCCGCGGUACUGACCACGCAGCCUCCGCAGGUUUUCGGUCUGCCGGGCAAUAAUCGCAGCACGCCAAGAUGGUCCGCAUCGCUAGCGCGGUGGUUUUCUCCAUGUUCAGCGUGGUUUUGCUCAUCUUGUCCUUCCUCAGCUACGUGUCAAUUAAAAAAAUAUAUAUCUUCACAGCCCCGAAAUAUUCACAUGCAACGGGGAUGUAUAUGUUUCAUGCUGGAUUUCGGACACAGUUUGCAUUGAAGUUCCUGGACCAGUCCUUCAUCCCGUUAACCACCACAGAGGAAAUGCAAAGCGCUACUGAGUGGAAGUUUAACCAGACAGCAAUCAUGCAACAAAGGGAAGAAAUUUCUCAUUACGUUGAUGUGCCAAAUAACUUCUCCCUGACUAAGGACAGGGUGCGUGUGGGCCAGCUGAUGCACUAUGACUACUCCAGUCACAAGUAUGUCUUCGCCAUCAGUGGUAACUUCAAGUCACUGCUCCCUGACUCUUCGCCCAUCCUGAACAAACAUUACAACAUGUGCGCCGUGGUUGGAAACAGUGGCAUCCUUACGGGCAGCCGGUGCGGGCCUGAGAUUGACAAAUUCAACUUCAUCUUUCGCUGCAACUUUGCCCCCACAGAGAUCUACCACAGAGACGUUGGACGCAAAACAAACAUGACCACCUUCAACCCCAGCAUCCUGGAGAGGUACUACAACAACCUGCUGACAAUCCAAGACCGCAACAACUUCCUUCUUAGGUUAAAAAAGCUAGACGGGGCAAUCCUCUGGAUUCCCGCUUUCUUCUUCCACACGUCAGCCCCUGUCACACGGACGCUUAUUGACUUCUUCAUUGAGCAUAAGGACCAGUUGAAUGUGCAGCUUGCUUUUCCAGGCAAUAUCAUGCACUAUAUCAAUAGCUACUGGAAGACUAAGCAGCUUUCCCCCAAGCGCCUGAGCACGGGGAUCCUCAUGUACACUCUGGCCUCAGCCAUGUGUGAGGAAGUUCACCUCUAUGGCUUCUGGCCCUUCGGCUGGGAUCCUAUCUCUGGCAAGGGACUCCCGUACCACUACUUUGACAAGAAAGGGACCAAGUUUACCACCAAGUGGCAGGAGUCCCAUCAGUUGCCUGCUGAGUUCAAACUCCUGCACACAUUGCACACUGAAGGAAUGGUCCGGCUCAGUGUCGCCCCCUGUGCUUAGGGAGCUACGGGAAACCUCGCAUGGUCUAGUCUUGCACUCCCUGAUGCCACAUUGCAAAACCAGCUUUACUAACAUAAACAAAGCACACCUUCAGAAUUUUUCCUAGUAUAUUUUUUCAGGGACUGAAUCAUUUGCAAAUACCUCUGAUUUUAAAAUGUAGCACACGCGAUAACUUGAAUAGUGAAUACGAGUUCAUGGAGUCCUGUUUAAUACACAGACAUAGAAAAAUAUAUGAAGUUUAAGGUGAACUAGCAAAAAAAUGUAUGUAUUCGGACUUUAUUGCUUUUGCUAAUUUAACAGUAUUUUUGGAAAAGGAUAAAUAGGUAAAUUGUAACAUGGAAACUUUACUUUUGUUUCCAGAGGGCACUUGAAUGAUUUAUAUGUAAACUAAGUGCUUUGAAGCAAAGAUUCCAACACAUGCUUUGGAACUCAGUCUUAGCUUUAAUGAAACCCUUUAUCAUCUCUCAUGCACAAGAGCUUAAUUAUCCUCUCGGUGAGAGGAUCUAUAUAUAAAUAUCCAUCCAUCCACUUAUCCUUGGUCACGGCGGGACCUGGAAGCACAGUGCUGAACAGGACGGCCAUCCUAUAUAUACACUUAUACAGUAUGUAAAACAAACAGACACUAGAAAUAUAUAAUAUACACUGUACUGCUAAAUGAGGUCAGAAUAAAAACAAUAUGUGCUUUGCAUGCUACAGCAGCUUUAGCUAAGCUUAUUGGUUGGAAAAAUUUCCAUUAGAUAUAUAAAUGCAAGAAACUUUCAGCUAUGAAUGAGGUUAAUUUCAGGCGUUCAUCUGGAAUCGAAAGGUAAACUACCAAAAGAAAUCCGCUUUUAUGGCCUGAAAAAGACGCCUCGGUCUCAUUAUAAUCUUCAUCUCACUGAACUGUGUGCUCAUGCACUAAGGUCUAUUUUGUCUGCCCCUUAAACGAUGCUCCACAGCGUGUGAACACUGCUGCUAUCGGCAAGUCCUGCAGUCAUUUUAAGGUAUUUCAUAAUAAACCAUAAAACUUUCUCAAAGAAAAAAAAUGUAGCGCAAUGAUAACUUGUCUAGAUUCUACCUCGUUUUCUUUCAGAGACAACGUUUAAUAGAAGCUUGGGACUCCGUUCACUUUUCUUUGACAUGAUUUGUGUUUUUGAGUUUUGUUCGGAAUGAGUUACCUGCUGCUGAUGUGCAUCUCAGUUUGAGAUGCCCAAAAUCCAGCUGACAGUGUUGAGAGAAAAAUCACCAAAACUCCCGCCAUCUCUCCCACCCAACUGAAUGCUGAACAGAUUAUAUAUAUCAUAUGUGUUUUUUUUUCAUUUACAAUCUUCCAUGUAGAGCAAUAUAUUUCAAUGAUGAUUAUUUGUUUAUUUUCAGAUCUAUAUAGCUCACUAAAUAAUAUAAUUAUUUAUUUACAAUCAUGGUGAUAAUACCUGUAUUAUUUUUAUUGUAGUUUGACGUCCAUGAUUAGAAGAAAAAAUCUUUAAAAUAUUUAGUAAAGGCUCAUUGUGUAAUAAUUUGGCAGGACAUGUAUGAUUGUUACUAACAAAGUGUUCAUAUGUAUUUUUUUUGCAUUUCACAGAAGUAAUAUUUCUGCUAGAUGAUUGUAUCUACCUUAAAGUUUCUCUUACAACUGAUAAAAUUAUUCAUUGAGGAUUAUAGGAAAGCAUUGAUUUGUAGAAAUUGAUCUUAGUAUAGACAAUAUACUUUAGGCAUAAUCUAGGUGAAAUGUUCAUUUUAUUAAAUGACCCUGAGUGGUACUUCUAUAAUAGUUCAUUAGCAGAGGCUAGUCUAAAGGAUAAACACAUUCAGAGAAGAUUGCAAUAGCUAAUGAUUUUUUUCCUGAUUGUCCUUCAUUAAUUGUAAUCCUUUGGAAAUUAAGAUUACUUGGCGGUGUGGUACUUUCUGCAGCUGCCGUACCUAAAAUGUCACUUUUAAGUCUUUAUUUUUCUUUGUGGAUGGUUGUUUUUUCAGCAGUGUAAAUGACUAGGCCAGUGGGUUCUUUUUAUUGUGUGAUUAUGUUUUGUUGUAGCCUGUGCUUCUAAUAAUCUCAGUAGAAUUAUGUUAUGAACUUGAUUAUAGAUGAGUUCUUCUGGUGGGCUCAGUAUAGACAGAUUGGCACUUUACAGCUAGUUUGAUCAUAUUCAUCAUUUAGCAUAAAUCAUAUCUAUGCUAGAAAAAUGACAUUUAAGGGACACAAGCCUGUGACAAUCCUAGUCACCAAUUCACCACUGUUCACUAAUUCCUGCUCCUGAUUUCAUCUCCCCGUCUCCCCGUAGUUUCAAAUUGUAGCAGAAUAUGGUGAAGGGCUGAAUUUUUUUCAUUGUACUAAUUAAUGCUAAUUUCAAUUAACUUUAUAACUUUGUAACUUUAAACACACUCCUGCCUUAAGUCCUACGUGCAACAUUCAGGGUAACCUAGAUUAAGAUCUUGCUCCAGGUGUUGCGUCUAUGAGAUGAUUUAAUGUCUGUAUGUUUGAUAGUGUUUAAAAUCUUCAUAAUAUUAACUUGAUGAUUAAGUCAUUUGUUAAAAAAGUCAGUAUGUUAACAAAUGAAAAGAAUGCAUUUUAAGUAGAAAGCCAAUUGUUCUUUUUAUUCUUAAUGUUUUAAGAGGCACCCUGCUCAUCCCAUUAUAAAAAACAAAUAAUGUAUCAUAUUGUAUUCAUGGGAACAUAACAAACUAACUAACUUACUAUGGUAUAAUAUUUAGAAUAAUAUCUUCUAUUCACAUGUUAUGAUAUGCAUUUAUCAUAUACUUAUUAACAAGCUAAGUGUAGUUAAAAAUACGGCUUCAGUCAUUUAAAAAUCAAAUCACAUAAGUGCAUAUUUAGAAACAAUUGGAACUUUUAAUAGGAAUGUAACAAAUUACUUUAGUACUAUGUACAAUCCAUACUGAUUAGCAUAACUAAUACCAUUAAUAAUACAAUGAUAAUAAUACUACAAUAAUAUGGUUAAUGGAUAUGCAAAAGACUGAUAUGUAAAACUUUGAAUGUUUAUUGCACUUUUUGUCAAGAAACCCACCAGUUCUGCACAAAAAUUUCCUGCUUCAAUAAUUAUACAGAAAAAUAUUGCACUGAUAAAAUGUCCAUGCAUCGAUCGUCCAACCAUUUAUCCAGUACUGGGUGGAGAGGUCUCCAGCCUACCUCAGAUAGCACUGGGUGCCAGGCAGCAUGGAACAUCUUGAACAAAAUAAUAUUACAAUUUUUUUGUAACACUCUUUUAAUUUUUUACAUCAAUGUAAUGGGCUCAGGUAGCAAAUGCUAGAAUACUCUAACAUUGAAUAGCUGUAUAAUAGAUUUCAAUAAAUGCGUUCCCAUUUGUUGUAUUACUUAUAGUAAUUUUUAGAAAUACUUUCAAUAUACAAACCAUAUAGCUUUAAAUUACCUGAUGUUUUGUUCAAUUUGUCAAAGUUAUGUUGAAAUAUUUUCAGCCUUCUGUGUUUUAAAAAUAAACAUUGUGUAUACAUUCUAUAUACAAUCUUAUGUCACUACUCUGUGUCUAUUUUCUGAUUUUGUGACUUUCCAAAAAUACCCUGUCAUAUGAGCACACUAGUUGC